AUGGAUGAACGUACAAUGAGUGAAGCUGAGUACCGUCAACGCCAGAAAAUGAGGCUCGAACGUGAAAAGGAGAUACUCAAAUCGUUCCGCGAGCAGCUGGAAAAUAUCAAAAUCUAUGCUAAGAGAUACGGCGACAGCAUGUCAGCGUAUAUCAAGACCCCUCAUGAUGUACACGUGCAAUACAUGGAUAGAGCAAGAGACAAAGUUAUCUUGGGCGUUCACGAGUUGAAGCUUAAACAAGGAAGGCAUCCAGAGGAAUUGACUGAGUUGGUGACUCAAGCUGUGGUUUCCUUUGAGGAGUUGAUAGGUGUAAAUCUAGGUUUCGAGGAACGAGUUGAGAAAUACAAACGUGAGAACAACACCUCAAAGGCAAGAAUGAUGGACCUCUUUCAGCGAAGACGCUCAAAUGCACCCAAAGAGUCAGACUACACACCGGAAGAGAUUGCAAAGUACGCAAGAUUGGGUCUGCAUCUAGGUCAAUAUAGGAUGGGGCGGGAUUAG